AUCGUAGACCCUACAUUAGCUGAAAUGGGAAAAAACUUGAAGGAGGCAAUGAAGAUGCUAGAGGAAGGUCAGAGGAGAACAGAAGAGGAAGAUGAGAAGAAACGUCUGUCUGGGGAUAUUCCAGGGCCCCUCCAGGGCAGUGGACAAGAUAUGGUGCGCCUCCUCCAGUUAGUUCAGAAUCUGAUGCACGGAGAUGAAGAUGAGUCGCCCCAGCGUUCCCGGAUCCAGAAUAUUGGAGAACAAGGUCACAUGGCUUUGUUGGGGCAUAGUCUGGGAGCCUAUAUUUCUACUCUGGACAAAGAGAAACUGAGAAAACUUACAACUAGGAUACUUUCGGAUACUACCUUAUGGCUAUGCAGAAUUUUCAGGUAUGAAAAUGGCUGUGCUUAUUUCCAUGAAGAAGAAAGAGAGGGACUCACAAAGAUCUGUAGGCUUGCCAUUCAUUCUCGCUAUGAAGACUUUGUAGUGGAUGGAUUCAAUGUGCUAUAUAACAAAACACCUGUUAUCUAUCUCAGUGCUGCUGCUAGACCUGGCCUGGGCCAAUACCUUUGUAAUCAGCUUGGCUUGCCCUUCCCCUGCUUGUGCCGUGUGCCCUGUAACACUAUGUUUGGAUCCCAGCAUCAGAUGGUGAGUUUGCCUUUGGACUGGACUGCAGCAGUAGGACACACAGAUAAGAUUGGGCGUUUGAAAGAACUCUGUGUGCAGCAUGACAUGUGGCUUCACGUGGAAGGUGUGAAUCUGGCAACAUUGGCUCUCGGUUAUGUCUCCUCAUCAGUGCUGGCUGCAACCAACUGUGACAGCAUGACAUUGACUCCUGGCCCAUGGCUAGGUCUGCCAGCUGUACCUGCAGUUACCCUUUACAAGCACGAUGAUCCCGCCUUGACUUUAGUUGCUGGUCUUACAUCAAACAAGCCAGCAGACAAACUCCGUGCCUUGCCACUCUGGUUGUCUUUACAAUACUUGGGUCUUGAUGGGACUGUGGAAAGAAUAAAAUCUGCCUGCCAACUGAGUCAGCGGUUUCAAGAAAGCUUGAAAAAAGUGGACCACAUCAAAAUCCUGGUGGAGGAUGAGCUCAGUUCCCCGGUAGUGGUGUUCAGAUUUUUCCAGGAAUCAUCAAGUUCAGAUCCAGGGCUUAAAGCUGAACCAGUGCCCCAUAAGACACCUUCCACAGCUGGCCAGCAGAGGAACCCUUGUGAUGCGCUGAAUCGCUGGGUAAGGAUGGCCCCUUCAGUCUUAGGAACUCAGUCUGAGGAUGUGGAUCAGCUUGUAACCUGCAUAGAAAGCAAGCUGCCAGUCCUGAUGUGCACACUGCAGCUGAGAGAAGAGUUCAGGCAGGAAGUGGAAGGAACGGCUGGCCUCUUAUACGUGGAUGACCCUAACUGGCCUGGGAUUGGGGUUGUCAGGUAUGAACAUGCUAAUGAUGAUAAAAGCAGUUUGAAGUCAGAUCCUGAAGGGGAAAAAAUCCAUGCUGGACUCCUGAAAAAGUUAAAUGAACUGGAAUCUGACCUUACGUUUAAAAUGGGCCCUGAAUAUAGAAGUAUGAAGAGCUGUAUUUACAUCGGCAUGGCAGGUGACGAUGUAGAUGUUUCUGAACUAGUGGAAACCAUUGCAGUCACAGCCCGAGAAAUUGAAGAAAACUCAAGGCUUCUGGAAAAUAUGACUGAAGUCGUUCGGAAAGGGAUUCAGGAAGCCCAGCUUCAACUGCAGAAGGCAAAUGAAGAGCGACUUUUGGAAGAGGGAGUAUUACGGCAGAUCCCUGUAGUAGGAUCUAUGCUGAAUUGGUUUUCUCCAUUACAAGCUUCACGAAAAGGAAGAACUUUUAACCUAACAGCAGGCGCUCUGGAGUCCACAGAACACACCUAUGUCUCCAAAGUACAAAGUACACGAGUGACGCCGCCUCCAACCCCCUCAGGCACCCGGAUUAAACAGAGGUUUCCAGGUCAGAAGCCUUUUAAACGGUCCCUAAGAGGCUCAGAUGAAGUAAGUGAAACAAGCUCAGUCAGUCACAUUGAAGACUUAGAAAAGAUGGAGCACCUGUCUGCUGGCCCAGAGCAAGACACCUCAGAUGCUCAGCACCCUGCACAGCACCCAAGGAUUCCAAGUCCACAGGAAGCAGACCAGACUGAGGCCCUCCAAGAGAAUGCCAAGCACCCAAGAAAUGACUUCUCCCAAGUAGAAGCAGCAGAGAACUUAAGAUAAAGUCAGUAGUGGGUUUCAAAGAGAUGAAGUCAUAUGGAAAAUGAACUGUGCCACAUCUUAA